UAACUGAACUUAGGUCAUAAAUUCUUAGUAUUAAACAUUACUAAAUUUACUUCAAUCUAGGCAUCAGUUAGUUGGCUGGCACAAUUGUAAAACAUUUCUAAAUUUAAAAAAAAUUAAAUUCAGUUUGCUGUUUCCUUUAUCGAAAAAAUGACCACCAUGGAUGAGGAUCUGGAAUUCAUUAUCAACGCCCUUUCAGUGCCAAAUACUCCAUUGACCGCGCCGUAUAAUGAAAAUCAGUUGCAUGAGAUGCGAGAGUCCUUCAAAACCCUUCAAAAGCUCCUUCGCCGCAAUGUCUUCACCACUGAUACUAAUCUUCCCUCCAUGCCGAGAUCAAAAGCUGGAGGAGGAAAGGAAAGAAUCGAGGAAAGGGGUCUUUCCUCGAUGUUGGCUCUUGUGGGAAGUGAUUUGGAGAAGGCCACUGAUCCAAGCAGCGGUUCUAUAAACUGGAAUUCCCCGGAUAGUGGAGCCCGUACUUCGCCCAUAAUUUCUGAGUUGGGUCUAAGGGAUCAGGAUCACGAUCAGGAGAACCCCUUGUGCAGCAGUUCAUCUGGCAUAAGCGAUGGUCCCGAUUUCGGGGACAUGGCAAUAGUCCCCUAUGAAGAACUCCUCAAUGAACGAAGCAGUUCGGACACCACAAUCACUGGUCAGUCCUUCUCGUCGGGAAUCUCGAUCAGUAUUCCUGUGAAUUUGGUCUGGAACAACCAGGAAUAUUACCAAGAGAGCACGGAUAGUGAAACCACUUUGAAACCGGAUGGCUUGAAAUACUCUGUCCUAAAUUAGAUACACAUAACCAUUGAUCAUUAAUAGUAGUCCCCGAAAUUUUAUAAAUUCAAAAUGAAAGUUCUAUUUUAUACACGCUUAAAGAAAUGGUAAAUUAAACGUAAAUUCAACUUCA